AUGGGUGGAAAGAAGAGGAGCAGGGCGGCAAGGAAUAGGCGUCAAAACGUGGCGUUCGCUGCCCAGAAUAACAUCAAGACACCAGAACCAAAGGAAGAGAAGACUGAAAAUGACGCCUCACCAGAUGCAGUGGUGAAAUCUUCUGAAGGCAAGCUGAGAAUGGACUCUGUCACUUUGCCGGUCCAGUCGGAGCAUGAUGACGGCUCUCCUACGACAAGCGAGAAUUCCGAACCAGAAGAGACCGCGAACACCGAGGAAGAGAGCAAGAGAGAGCAAGACCUCAGGAAAAAGCAACACAGAGUAUCGAGAUUUGGGGAAACCUUUGAUGACUCCAUUGCUCACGAGGAAGAACAAUCGCCAACGUCUGAGGAUGCGGUCCAAGUCGCAACAGCUCAAGUUGAGCCAGAAUGUGACAACAUAGAUGAAUCCAUGAUCCACCCUGCCCUUCGAAAACCGUCAAAAGACGCAAUCCAAACAACGUUGUGGCUUGGAAUGCCUUCAGAACCGGCAUUCUUCAAGCAUACGAGCAAACCCCAACCUUCAAAUCUCUCCGUUCCAAAUCUUGCAGUCAUAAAUUCUAAUUCUGCGCCGUCAAAAGCUUCCUCAACCUCGGCAUCACCACCUCUCAAGGACCCUUGUGAUCAUCUCCAACCUCGCAGAGCCAGGUCUCUCGAAAUACAUUCCCAAUUACAACCCAGUUCAGGUCUCGUGCCAAAAAAACUUGAGCAGCACGCGCUUCACACAUCUGCUGGCCAGAAAACUGUUUCUGAAGCAAAUGUAAAGAAACCAUCUUUCACCCAGACUACGGAUGGUUGCCACGCCACCGAAACUCAGGAGGCACAAUCAGUCACUCGUGCCAGUGACAGCACUAGGUAUCUGCCGCGUCUCUCAUUCCAACAGGGCCUGGAAGAAAUGAGUCGAACACCACCGAAUUUCAAUCUUCAUGAUGAACUCGCUUUCCUGUCAAAAGCCGAAGGACAUCAAACCGAGAAACAGAUGCUAGGUUUAAAUGUGAAUGAAGCACAGCAAGUGAGGAAGCAAAUGGAAACAGAAGGAGUGCAGCAAAUGAACCAUGGUAGCGUUCUUCAGCAGAGAGACAAGAAGGAACAGCAUCGAGACGAGAGGCAGUCACAAAAGUCUGGAGUCUUAGCUAGGUUGCGAAGCUGGAUGGGAACAUGCAUCCACUUUGGUGGUGGUGACUGCUAA